AGCAAGCAUCAACACGUACCACUAAAAAUCCAUCACACUAGCUAGCUUAGCUCACCGUCUGCUCCUAGAAAAGAAUGGCGGCCUACUACAACGGCGGCAGGCCCAUGUCCUACUCCAACACCGAGGAGUCCUUCGACGGCGGCAGGACCGUGUACUCCACCACCACCAAGGAGUGCUACGACGCUGGCAAGCUCGGCCAAGGAAUUGGUUACGGCCACGGUCAGAGCCAUGGCAAUGGCGGGACCAACAUGUACUCCAACACCAGUGAUGUCGAGCGCUUCGACUCCAGCAUGCACGGCCAUGGCGGUGGCAGGACCAUGUACACCACCACCACCACCGACGAGUGCUUCGACUCCGCCAGGCCCGGGCAUGGGUACGGCGUCCACGGCUACGGGCAGAACGACGGUAGGACCAUGGCGUACACCACCACCACCACCGAGUCCUUCGGCGGAGGCGAGCAGGGGCAGGGGUACUACAAGAAGGAGGUGACGCAGCACAAGAACAGGGAGCGCAUCGGCGAGGCCGGCGCGCUCGCCGCCGGUGGAUUUGCUCUGUAUGAGGGGUAUGAGGCGAAGAAGGACCCAGCCUACGCAGGGAAGCACCAGAUCGAGGCCGGCCUGGCGGGCGCGGCGGCGGUCGGCGCCGCCGGCUACACGUACCACCAGCACCGCGAGCAGAAGCAGCCCGGCUACGGCGGGAAGCAGGAGUACCGGAUGCCCGUCCACAACAGCUACUGCAACUAAGUAAUCAUGCAUGCAACCAACGUCGAUCGAUCCUAUAUAUAGAUUCCAAUAAGAUCGAUAGAGCAUUAUGCUGGCUUCUCUACCAUAAACUAGCUGCAUGCGUGCGUGCUGCCCCUCAUGUGUGCGUCUGGUAUAAGUACGGUCGCCAAUAUGUACGCGUGUAUGGAUAAUGUCAUGUCCAAAAUAACAAAUUAAUACCAAUAUUAAUAUAUA